AUGAAACUCCUUCUGCCUCUUCUAAUUUGCAUCACAGCAGUCUUCUUUGCUUAUAACCCAUCUAUCAAAGACUCUCUUGUCACAUUGAUCGACAGAAAAUUUCCUAUCCUACAGCUUCUUGCAAAGACAGAAGCUAUUGUUCCUCAGAUAACCGCUCUCAACCUGGAACAACCCGCUCCCAUAGUCCUUCCCGUCACAGACAUGGCUGUUCCUCGCGCAAUUCGCCAAGUUUUCCUUGCCAUUGAGCAAGCAGAGGGUGCAGGAGCUCGUGUGCGCCGCUCUAUUGGUACUGCCAAGCUCCGCAAUUUCAGUCCGUUCCUCAUGCUCGACCACUUCACUAUCGGCAAGGGUGCUGGUUUCCCAGACCACCCCCACCGUGGCCAGGAAACCAUCACCUACCUGUUGUCCGGUGGCGUGGACCAUGAAGACUUUGCUGGCAACCAGGGUACUAUUGGACCCGGUGACCUACAAUUCAUGACUGCUGGUCGCGGCAUCAUGCAUGCCGAGAUGCCCCACGAGAAUGAGGAUGGCAGUCCCAACGUCGGUAUGCAGUUGUGGGUUGACCUGCCCCAGAAGCUGAAGAUGUGCGAGCCCCGCUACCGUGAUCUACGAGCCAGUGAGAUCCCCAUCGCCAAGCCUGACGAUGACCGGGUCACAGUCAAGGUCAUCUCUGGUCAGUCACACGGCGUUGACUCUGUGCGCGAUUUGGCCUACACCCCCGUCUGGAUCUUGGAUAUCUCUAUCAAGCCCGGUGGCAAAAUUUCGCAGCCUCUGCCACAGGGCUGGAAUGCGUUCGCCUACACCUUGGCCGGCGAGACUAUCUUUGGCUCAAGCGACUCAACUCGCGUUGUGAAGGAAUUUCACACUGUCCAAUUCGACCAGACUGGUGACUUUGUCGAGCUCUCAGUCCCAGACAAUGCGGACUCGGAAUCUCGCAUCUUCCUUGUGGCUGGCCAGCCGCUAGACCAGAAGGUCGUUCAGUAUGGGCCGUUCGUGCUCAACACCCAGGAGGAAGUCUACCAGGCCAUGCUCGACUACCAGACUGCGUCUAACGGGUUCGAGAGGACACGGGGCUGGCAAAGUGAGAUUGGAAAGAGGAUGGCAUUCUAA